AUGUUGUCUGUGCAAGAGUACAAGCCAUUUUCUGAGGUAUGGUCUGAAUUAUCGGCUGUACAAGGUCCUUUUAGAGGUCACACCUUUCUAAUUGUUGUAGAUUCAUUUAGUAAGUGGCCUGGGGUGAUUCCAAUGACCUCUACAAUAGCAUAUAGCACCGUUAGAGUGUCUCUCUUCGCGACACAUGGUAUACCUGAGCAAACUCUGUCUGUCAAUGGUCCUCAGUUUGCUUCAAGUGAGUUUGAGAACUUUUGUAAGGGUAACAACGUUAAACACACCCGCAGUGCUCCUUAUCACCCUGUAACAAAUGGCGAAGCUGAGAGAUUUGUUCAGAAAUUCAAGAAUAACAUGAAGUGUUGUUCGCCCUCAAUUCUAUUGAUGAGGAGAAGAGUGAGAUGUAGAUUAGAUACACUGAGACUAAAGCCAGCAGAUGAACAACAGUCUAAUUCUGAGAGUGUAAAGGACUAUAGGGAAUUUAAUAUUGGAGUUUUGAUAAGAUCAUUUACCUCAUCAGAAGAAAAGUGGGUUGAAGGACACGUUGUAGAGAAGUUAGGCAAGUUGCAUUAA